UCAACCAAAUAUUAAAUAACAAAUCAUGGCUGUCAUUGAGCAAUUUAAGAUGCCAGGAACUUCCCUAGAGAAAGUGGUUGUCCAUCCAAUCGUCUUGUUAUCCGUAGUAGAUCACUACAAUCGUAUUGCAAAAGGUACAAGGAAACGUGUGGUAGGAACUCUUCUUGGAGAGUACAACAAAGGAGUACUGAAUAUUACAAAUUGUUAUGCAAUUCCUUUUGAAGAAGACCUCAAGGAUAAAGACAUCUGGUUCGUUGAUCACAUCUAUCACGAGCAAAUGUAUACAAUGUUCAGGAAAAUCAAUGCUAAGGAGAAAAUUGUGGGAUGGUACUCCUCAGGGCCAAAAAUUAAGAAGAAUGAUAUUGAAAUUCAUGAAAAAUUUAGACAAUAUAACACAAAUCCUGUCUUUGUAGUCAUCAAAGUUCAAGAGAAUGAGACUCUUGGAAUCCCUACAGAGAGUUAUUGCUCCAUAGAUGAGGUAAAUGAAGAAGGGCAGCUUGAAAAGAAUUUUGUUCAUAUUCCUUCUUCUAUUGAUGCUUCUGAAGCCGAGCAGGUUGGAGUUGAGCAUUUGUUAAGAGAUAUCAAGAAUGUCUCAAUUGGAGAUUUGUCCAAGCAUAUCUCGGACAAAGUUCUUGGUUUAAAAGCACUCAAUGCCAAGAUAAAUGAAAUGAAAGAGUAUUUAGACGAUGUGCUUGAUGAAAAGUAUCCAGUAAACACUGAAAUUAUUGAAAAUUUACAGGAUAUAUUCAACCUCAUGCCAAAUCUUGACUUUGAUUCUAUUAUCAAGUCAUUCAGUGUGAAGACUAAUGAUUAUAUGCAUAUGACCUAUGUUUGUUCUCUUAUCCGUGCCUGUAUUGGAGUUCAUAAUUUGAUCAACAACAAAGUAGCCAUUAUCGAAAGAGAAAGAGAUCUCCUAAAGCAAGAAGAGGAGAGGAAAAAGAAGGCUAAGAAAGAAAAAGAAGAUAGAGAAAAGGAUAAGACUCCAGCAGCUGAUGUAGAAAUGAAGGACGAUAAAUAAGUAACUAUUCAAUACUUCUUGAACUAAAA